AUGCGUGGCGCUGGAUCGGACGUGAAGCCCACCGACGUUGAGAAGUCACAGAUUCCGCACUACACCAAUCUUGAAUUAUCCGCACACUGGAAUACCAAAUCCGAGUUGCGUCGUGAUCCAAAUUGUCCAUAUAUAAUGAUUGGGAGCCUUCCAACAGAGACCAGAAUUAGAAAUCAAUUUAUGAAAGAAAUUCUUGUUCCUCUCAGAAAAGCCUCAAUGAGCAUUAAGAGGUAUGACUCAAUAGCAUGCAAGUCCAAUGGUGUAUCAGUUGCAUUAAAGAAAAUGUAUGCUAAGCUUUUUAGUGAGAAUGAGAAAGAAAGGUAUAAAGCGUUCCUUGAAAUUGCAACCAAGAAAUGCAGGGAAAGAAAGCAAUUGCUUCCUCACCAUAUUAGAGAAGCAGCUUCUUUGAAAGAUAACAGUAGUAGUAAAGAAGUUGCUGAGUGUCAAUGGAAUACACUUUUAGAGAACUUGAGAAAAAGAACUAAACUAAGAAAAUGUUUGGCAAUUUGUGGGAUAUCAGAAGGAAUGACUGAUACAGAGAAGAACAUUUGUGUAUCAAUGGGAUUACUAAUUUCGCAAUUUGGAAAUGGUUGUUGGAAGGGGAAGAUUGUUACUUGUGGUGAUAACCCAAAGCUUUGUGAGAUUGAAGGAAAUGACCUUGAAUCAAGAAUUGAAUUCUUGAGGAAACUAGAAUUGGUAGAAAACAUAACCCCAGAAGAAAUGGUAGAAAAAAUCUUCAUUCUUGGUGAUAUGCGAUUGGUUCAGUCAUCAGUAUGUUUUUGGGGUAUAUGGGGAAGUUUUAGGAGAGGGUAUGUAAAAUUGCCAGAAAUAGUGCUUUCGGAUUUGAAAGGGGAGUGUGGUUGGAGUGAAGUGGCAAGGAAGCAGACAGGUGUUUCUAUGAUUAGUGGGUCUUCCAAUUACUUUGUUACUGCAUUGCUGGAGGGAAGUGCCAACUCCUAUGCCAGAGGAGUUGGUUAG